CUUAAAUCGUUGUCGGUAGUUCCGCUGGAAAGACCGAAAGAUGUUACCCGGACUGGUCAUUGCUCUACUUGGCCCCUUCUUGCUACUGGAACCAUGCCACACUCUUAGAUUGGCCACAUUUAACAUCCAGGUGCUUGGAAAAAGAAAGAUAGAAGACGAUGCGGUCGUUUCCAGCCUCAUCACGAUCCUAAGCAGGUACGAUGUCGUGUUUGUGCAAGAGAUCCGGGAUUGCAAGGGAACUGCGUUUUCCAGACUAGUGGAUGGCCUGAGCAGAGAGACGCAUAGCGAAUUCGGCUACAACGUGAGCCGGAGACUCGGAAGAUCGUCAUCACAAGAACAAUAUGGGGUAUUAUACAAACUUGGUUUAAUCGAAGUUAUCGCAUCGUAUCAAGAUCCCGAUCCGACCGACAAGUUCCAACGGCCGCCUUACAGUCUACUUAUCAGAAUGCUAGGAACCAAAGUAGAACACACCGUCGUGACGAAUGUGCAUAUCGAGCCAAAAAAUGCUUUUUCUGAAAUGGAUGCCCUCUACGAUUCGGUACUUAAGGUGAAGGAAAUGUUCAAACAACCACUUCUCCUACUUGGGGACAUGAACGCCGACUGCAGUUACUUGUCGGAUAAGAAGAAGUCGGAAUUGAGACUGAAGGCAGAUCCAGAUUUCCGUUGGCUGGUGCCUGACGAUGAAGACACCACCUUGGGAGAAAAAGACUGUGCAUACGAUCGGAUUAUCGUUAGUGGUUGGGACCGCGACUGGUAUAAUGAAUCGAGUAUUCGCCCUUACAAGUUUGACCAGGAAUUGGAUAUGGACAUAGAACAGGCAAAGAAGGUGAGCGACCACUACCCGGUUGAAAUGGAAGUACACUGAGCAGACGACGGGGUGGCCCAGUGAACUUGUAUUCUCAGCAACAUUUCUGUAUAAGCUUGUUGUUAUUGCCACUGAAUAAUGAAGUACACGUAUGUGAUCGCAUACUCUUCAAGUUUGUUUGCCUAGAAGAAACGGCCUUUUGAUUAAAA